UACGUCCCGUAUGCCCGGGCGGGGAGGGGAAAGAGCACCGUUCCAAACAACAAUGGGGGAAGUUUGUGAGGAGAAAAACUCAAAGUCAUGGCUUUCUGUUGUUUGGCGAAUAAGUAACGUUGUAAUGUCUGUGUUCUUUGUUCUGGCUUCAUAUGUGCAGAUCAAUGACCCAGAUGCAGGUUUAUGGAUGGUGGGUUAUGGAGUCCCUGCUGUCCUUUGUGCAUUUCUUGGCUUCGGACCGCAUGUGACAGAAACUUUGCCCUGGAGGCGAGUUGCUGAUCUCCACCUAAUGAUCUCCAGCGCAGCUAUCUUCAUAUUAGGAUUCAAACUUUACACAGAGCGAGUCACGCAGAUCUUUCAGCAGGAGGAGGGCCGAGAAUUUUCUGGUCUUUUGUUGACAGCUGUUUGGCUCAUAUUAUGUCGUCACUCUGGAAGAGCCCCUGUUGGGAUGCUGCGAGUCUCCACAGCUGUUGCCAUCACAGUUUUCCCUAUUGUGGCUUGGCUUUACUACCACGUCAAUAAGGAGCUGAGAUCAAACUGGCCUUCACACUGUAAAACUGCGAUUUAAAGCAGCUACUUCUGGGCUCCUCUUUCUCAUGACGUUCCUUUUUUUUUUUGUUUGAUGGAAAAAUCCCUCGCCAAGGAAAUAGUUUUUUGUGGACCUGUUUAAUAAAAAUGAAUUAGAGCAGAAA